GCGCAUGCGAGUUUGGUGUCGGCCCCGGUCCCUCCGCCAUCUUUGUCGGCUACCCAUUGUUCAAUCUGUAGCUAACAGCAGUGGUUAAUCACUUCAUACUGCGCAAUUAAAUAACUUGACAGUGUCACCGGUAGCUGCCCGCGACAGUCGUGGAUUGGCUCUCAGGUUUGCGACUUGUUCUCGGCCAGCAAAUUAAACAGAAUGGACGAUGACCAGCCAAAAACCCUGUAUGUGGGAAAUCUGUCCAGGGAUGUGACAGAGGCCCUCAUCUUGGAGUUGUUUGGACAGAUUGGACCUUGCAAGAGCUGUAAAAUGAUAGUAGAUACAGCAGGUCAUGAUCCGUACUGCUUUGUGGAGUUCUAUGAGCAUAGACAUGCCACUGCCACAAUUGCAGCCAUGAAUGGUCGGAAAAUUCUGGGUAAGGAGGUCAAGGUCAACUGGGCCACGACGCCAACCAGCCAAAAGAAAGACACAAGCAGUCACUUCCAUGUCUUUGUUGGAGAUCUGAGUCCUGAAAUUACCACAGAUGACAUAAAAGCAGCUUUUGCUCCAUUUGGAAAAAUAUCGGAUUGUCGAGUGGUGAAAGACAUGGCCACAGGUAAAUCUAAAGGCUAUGGCUUUGUCUCCUUCUUCAACAAAUGGGAUGCAGAGAAUGCCAUACAGCAGAUGGGUGGACAGUGGUUGGGAGGGAGGCAGAUCAGGACCAACUGGGCCACAAGGAAGCCUGCUCCCAAAACUACUAAUGAAACUUCCAAUGCUAAGCAGCUAUCUUUUGAUGAGGUGGUCAACCAGUCCAGCCCUAGCAACUGCACCGUGUACUGUGGGGGAGUCACAAUGGGUCUGACAGAGCAAAUUAUGAGACAGACCUUCUCUCCUUUUGGCCAAAUAAUGGAAAUCCGUGUUUUCCCAGACAAAGGCUACUCUUUUGUGAGAUUCAACUCCCAUGAAGCAGCAGCUCAUGCCAUUGUAUCCGUCAAUGGCACCACCAUAGAGGGCUAUGUGGUUAAGUGUUACUGGGGCAAAGAAACAACAGACAUGGUUAGCCCCCUACAGCAGGUACAGAUGCCACAGCAGAACACGGUGAGCUUCGCAGCGCAGCCCUACAGUCAGUGGGGUCAGUGGUACAGCAACACGCAGCAGAUUGGCCAGUAUGUGCCCAAUGGGUGGCAGGUGCCGAGCUACGGAGUCUAUGGACAGACCUGGGAUCAGCAGGGCUACAAUCAUUUACAUGCUGGUGCCGGCUGGACAGGCGUGGGUGCUGUGAGCAAUGGGGGCAUGGUGGAGCCCGGGCAGGGAGUCAACGGGACGGUGCUAACUAACCAGGCCGGCAUGAGCACUGCUGGCUACCACACUCACUGAUCACAGUAGCCCUCUCUAAGCCUCUAAGGCCGCAAGGAUGAUACUCUGCUGGGGGAAGGAGUGCAUUAGAUGUGCUCUCUCUGUUACUACACACAAGUUAUUCUGUUAGUGAGGCUGGUACACCAUUUUAUCAACCUCACUGGCCCAUAACCUCACCCACUGCCCAAAUCUGCAGGUGUAAAGAAAACAAUCCACUUCAGAACACUUGAACACUGCUAAAACAGCCAUUGCUAAUGCACCUUGCAUUCCUGGGCCCAUUUUAUGGUUUUGGCGUAUUUUUGUAAUGCCUGCAGAUAACUGGCCAAAUGUAAAUUAUAGGACAGUGUCAAGAUAUUUCUAGCAUAGCCACAUUUUAGUUUAAAAGGCAGAAAUGUUCAGCUGAUUAAAUCUGUUGUAAGAAAUAACACCAGGUUUGGUUUUUCAGCCCCCCAGAGCCAAAGAGCAAGGGCAGAAUUUUAUACCAAUAUUUAACAAUCAGACGGGGAGAAGAGGCUACCAACUUUGCCACAGAAAAUACUCAGUAGUCCACAGUAAGGGGUGCGAUUUUUAUUUUUUUUUUCCAAUUGGAACCUCUUGCUCUCACAGUUUUUGGUCUGUUAAAAACUUACUAAAGUGAAGUCCAAGCAAGUUCUCAGGGUGUUGUCAAGUCAUUAGUGGGCAGGUUGACAGGAAGCGGACACCACAAACCAAGUACAUUUCAGCACUCCUUCACGUCAUCUCCUGGAACGGACUGAAAAUCCGGUCUGUGGAUAAGAAACGUGUGUGUGUGUGUAUGCUUGCGUGUGUGCAUGAACUGAUGCUUUUACACACAAGAUAACGUCCAGUUCAUCUUCCCGAAACAAAAAAGGACUAUGCCAUCUUUUUUCUGUCAUUUUCAAGUGUCAUUUUCUUUCUUUAAAAUGCUGACAUUGUAUAAAGAGCUUUUGCCUUUUUUGUGUUUCAUUUUGGGACUGUCUUUAAAGAAAUGUUGCAGUGACACCAUCGAAUCAUGUGACAUGUUAAAUCUUUUAUGUUUGUUUAUAAAACAUUAAGUGGCUGUCAACUGUCAGCUUUUAUUUUUUAAAUUAGAUUUUCAAUAUCUCAAAUAAACCAAUUGCAGGGAUUACUGCCACGCUUAUCUUACUUAUAGGCAGACAAAUAUUGCACAAAUACUUCUUUCCACAAAAUUUGAAAUGCUAGGAUUUUUUUUUUUUGUUUGUUUUUGCAUUCCACUUUCUUUUGUAAUUUCCUUUUGGAAGUUUAAUGUCACAGUCUGCUCAAUUGUACUGAAUCUGUAUAAAGACGACAUGUUAAUUAAGGAAGCGUGUUUGCUUCUGGUUGGAGUGAUGGAUUCCAGAAAUGGCUGUUUGACAGUAGCAUCCCUGUCCAGUGCUGGUCUGUGAACAGUAGAAACAGUGCAACAUUUGAUUCUUCCAGAGGCUUGGAGGACAAAUGGCAUUGCUGUGUAACGCAAAAGCCUUUUGAUCGACAAGCAAUGCAUAAUUUAAGUUAUUCUGUUUUAGUGGUGAUUGUUUUUAUAGACUAAGAAACAACCUUGUAAGGAUCGUAUCAAUUUUUGCACUGUGGCCACCAUCAUUUUAAGUUCGACGAAAAAUCCAUUGUGUUGCCUUAUUAUCAGUUAGAAUUAAUCUAACCAAAAAUCAUCCAAAAGUAGGCGGUGCCUAGGAAUGUUUUCAUGUUUGGCAAGGGAAGUUCUGUUGAUGCUUCAGUAACAUGGUUUGAGUUUUUGCUUUGUCCCAUUAAAAUGCUGAUGCUUGA